UAAUUUAUAUUUGCUAAACUUUUUUAACAGAAACAAACUUAACAUCACAAAGCCUGGAGAAAACAUAUCAUCCCUAACAAUCCAGCUAAGAGGAGUUGGUAACGACAAGGCAAGUAACACUCAAAUAUUCAUAUUUUAAUUUUUGGUUAUUUGUAUAAUAUAAAUUAUAUAAUAAGAAACUAUCUAAUUAGAACCCAUUGAUUUUAGCUUAAUCAACCAAAACCAUUCGAAAAGAUGUCUAUUUUGAUAAAUUGGGUUGAUCGGUUUCAUUUUGAUGAUUUUAGGGUUUUGCUUGUGGGGCAUGAAAUGAAAAUGGGAAUAGAAUUUUUUUUGUAAUAGGAUAAUACAAAAAAGAAUGAGUUACAAUCAGGUUAUAAUCGAGAUAACUAGAUAAUUUUGGUUAACUGUGUAUUUGCUUCAGAAAAAAAUGAAUUAACGUUAAUUGGUAAACAGUCACGCCUGUUAACCAAUUGCAAAGAAAAUUGGAAAGUACAAUUCGAACUUUCAUAUUGGGUGGAAUAUGGAUCUGAUCGAACAUUCGAUGCUGCACAAAAAAAAAAAAAAUCGAACAUUCGAUUCGUGAGAGGAUACGUGGACUUAAGUUUGUGUGGAUGUGGUAAUUUUAGGUGGUCGUUGAUAAUGGUAUUGUUCAAGUUACUUUCUCGAGCCCGCAAGGUUCGAUAACUGGAAUCAAAUACGAUGGCAUCGACAAUGUAUUGGACGACGAAGUUGACGAACGUCGCCGUGGGUAAAAUUCUUUAACACGGCUUUUCAUAUGUUUGUAACAAUAUUAUUUCGAAAAGCAAAGCUUUCAUACACUUCCUUAACAAUUAACAAAGGCACAUAACUAUCUAACAAAGUCUUACUGUAUUUUGUGUUUUAAAAAAAGGUCUUACUGUAUUUCUUGGAUAAUAGGUAUUGGGACGUAGCCUGGUAUGAACCGGAAAAGAAAUUUAAAACUGACAAGUGAGUAAUCAUUUAUUGUAGCCAAUUUUUGGAACUGUUUUUUACUUCCAUUUUUAGAACUAUUUAUUUAGCGACAACUACAUGUAUUUAAUUCGAUUUUGCUGUCUAUAGUUUCUUAUUCAAUGAAAAUGUAAUAGUUUUGAAAACAUAUUCUUGUAGUGACGAUUGUUGGUCAACAAAGUGACAUUUUUACCUUUUUUUGUAUUUCGUAGACUAGAAGGAACUAGAUUUGAAAUCAUAACUCAGAACGAAGAACAAGUUGAGAUUUCAUUUACAAGGACGUGGACGAUCUCUAAACGUGGCUCCUUGGUCCCCCUAAAUGUAGACAAAAGGUACAUUAUUCGAAGUGGUGUCUCCGGAAUAUACAUCUACUGUAUAAUGGAGAGGUUAGAAGGCUGGCCCGACGUGGACAUGGACCAAAUUAGAAUCGUAUUCAAGCUCAACCACACAAUAUUUAAUUUCAUGGCAAUAUCUGAUGACCGGCAGAGAAGCAUGCCGUCCAUGGCAGAUCGGAACCAUGCUAUGCAAUUAGCUUAUAAAGAAGCUGUUCUUUUGACAAAUCCAAGGAACCCUAUGUUCAAAGGAGAGGUAGACGAUAAGUAUAUGUACUCAAUGGAAGACAAAGAUAACAACGUUCAUGGUUGGAUCUCGUCGGAGCCACCGGUUGGGUUUUGGAUGAUAACUCCAAGCGAUGAGUUCCGACUUGGUGGGCCGAUCAAGCAAGACCUGACUUCUCACGCGAGACCAAUCACCCUCUCCAUGUUUACGAGCACGCACUACGCGGGAAAAGAGAUGAGAAUGGGCUACAGAAAUGGAGAACCAUGGAAGAAGGUGUUUGGACCUGUGUUGGCUUAUCUAAACUCUGUCUCUCCCAAUGCUUCCACUCUUCGUCUAUGGAGAGAUGCCAAACGACAGAUGGCUGAAGAGGUCAAAAGCUGGCCUUUUGAUUUUGUACAUUCAGAAGAUUACCCUCUUAGUAAUCAAAGAGGAACAAUCCAAGGGCAGUUCUAUAUCAAAGAUAGUUACGUGUCAAGGUUAAAUAUAUAUGGGAAAUUUGCUUUUGUUGGUUUGGCACCAGUUGGUGAAGCCGGUUCAUGGCAAACCGAAUCCAAGGGGUAUCAGUUCUGGACGAAAGCUGACAGAAAAGGGAGAUUCGUUAUAGAGAAUGUGAGGGCAGGCAACUAUAGUCUCUACGCCUGGGGUAUAGGUUUUAUUGGUGACUACAAAUAUGAGCAAAACAUUACCAUCACGCCAGGUAGCGAGAUGAACGUAGGGCCCAUAGUGUAUGAGCCGCCGAGAAAUGGUCCAACGUUGUGGGAAAUCGGUGUACCGGACCGAACAGCCGGAGAAUUCUAUAUACCGGAUCCUUAUCCUACACUUAUGAACAACCUCUACGUUAAUCCACUUCAAGACAGAUUCAGGCAAUAUGGAUUAUGGGAUUGUUACUCAGAUUUAUACCCAGAAAACGAUCUUGUCUAUACAAUCGGUCUAAGUAAUUACAGAAGAGAUUGGUUCUUUGCACAUGUUACCAGAAACGUUGGAAACAAUACAUACCAACCAACGACAUGGCAAAUCAUAUUCAACUUACAGAAUUUGAACCGGGUCGGACUCUACACACUCCGAGUAGCUCUAGCCUCAGCCGCUGAUUCAGAACUACAAGUUCGGAUCAACGAUCCAGAAUCCGAUCAUAUUUUUACGACUGGUUUAAUCGGAAAAGACAAUGCGAUUGCUAGACAUGGGAUUCAUGGGUUAUAUAGAUUGUACAGUAUCGAUGUUGCGGGAAACUUACUAGGCGCUGGUGAUAACACGAUAUAUUUAACUCAAUCGAGAAGUACAACACCAUUUCAAGGUGUUAUGUAUGAUUAUAUUCGUCUUGAAAGUCCUUUUAGAACUUGAAAAGAAGUAGAUAGAUUUAAAACAAUUAACGGUAGAUGGAAUUUAAAUUGUUUUUUUUUUCUUUCUUUCUUCUUUUCUAGAGUUGGUUUUUAGUUAUUUGACUGUAAUGUAAUAUCAAUAGUGUGAAUGUUAAUAAAACCGAAUGUAUUAAUGUAUAUAUGAUUUAUGCGUUUUA